CAUAAACAUCAUUAACGUUAAUUAAAAAAGGACCCACCCACGCCCAAUAUAUUUGCACAGAUCUCGAGAAAAUCACACGGUUCAUAUAAUAUCGAAGUGUACGUGAAAAACCUUUUUUGCGUUCUGUUCAUCUGGACAUUCUCGAAUCUUCUCCGUGUUCAUCGUUACCCUUUUCGUAAUUUUGCAUGGCGAAUCCUAAUACUGUAAUUAAGCAAGAAAUUUUGGAUGAUAAUGGAAAUAUCAAUAAGAAGCCGCCGCCGGCGAAACCUUCGCCGGAACCGUCGACGGCGACGCAAUCAGUGUUCAUUGAUCUAAGUAGUAGUGACGACUCCGACUCCGAUUCCGAUUCCGGUACCGGUACCGGUAAUGGAAGUAAUAGGCCGAAGAAGAAGAGGAAGAGUGCACAGGAUGUGAACUUCGCAUUGCCGUUAGGAUUUUUGGAUCCCUUACCACCGCCUAAGGAACCUCCAUUGCAGUUACCGGCGCCGCCGACGAAUGGAAGUAAUAUUGAUUUAGGUAGUUCGGUGAGUAGUUGCAAGCAGUUUUGGAAGGCGGGAGAUUAUGAAGGGAAUUCUUCUAGUUCAGUAUUAACUUCAGGUGGUAUAGAUCAUGUCAGAGUUCAUCCCAAGUUCCUACACUCAAAUGCCACAAGUCACAAGUGGGUACUUGGAGCUUUUGCAGAGCUUUUGGACAAUGCGUUGGAUGAGGUUUCCAAUGGAGCUACAUUUGUGAACAUUGACAUGGUCCAAAACAAAAAAGAUGGGAACAGAAUGCUUCUGAUUGAAGAUAAUGGUGGUGGAAUGGAUCCUGAUCGAAUGAGACAUUGCAUGUCUCUGGGUUAUUCUAUGAAAAGCAAAAUGGCAGAUACUAUUGGCCAGUAUGGAAAUGGAUUCAAGACAAGUACCAUGAGACUUGGAGCAGAUGUGAUUGUUUUCUCUCGUUCUGGUGGGAAACCAGGGAAAAGCCCCACACAAAGCAUUGGAUUGCUGUCCUACACAUUCUUGCGGAACACAGGAAUGGAAGACAUCGUUGUUCCUAUGCUCGACUAUGAAAAAAGAGAUGGGUGGGACAAGAUAAUACGAUCAUCUACUGACGACUGGGAUAAAAAUCUUGAGACCAUAAUUGAGUGGUCCCCUUUUUCAAGUGAAGUUGAUCUUCUUAAACAGUUCAAUCCAAUGAGAGGUCAGGGCACUCGAAUUAUAGUAUACAAUUUGUGGGAGGAUGACCAAGGACUACUCGAGCUAGAUUUUGAUUCAGAUCCACAUGAUAUUCAAAUAAGAGGAGUCAACCGUGAUGAGAAGAACAUACAGAUGGCGAAGCAGUAUCCAAACUCCCGGCAUUUCUUGACCUACAGACAUUCACUAAGGAGCUACGCAUCAAUUCUAUACCUAAGAAUUGCUUCUGGCUUUCGGAUUAUUCUGCGGGGUAAAGAUGUUGAGCACCAUAACAUAGUAAAUGAUAUGAUGAUGACCCAGGAGGUCACAUAUCGCCCUAUGCCUGGUGCAGAUGGAGUACCAAAGGAUUCCAAUAUGGUGGCUACUGUGAAAAUUGGGUUUGUAAAGGAUGCUAAAUCUCAUAUUGAUGUUCAAGGGUUUAAUGUCUAUCACAAAAAUAGACUUAUUAAGCCAUUUUGGAGGCUUUGGCAUGCUCCUGGAAGUGAUGGUCGUGGAGUUAUAGGUGUAUUAGAAGCCAAUUUUGUUGAACCAGCUCAUGACAAGCAAGGGUUUGAGCGUACAAUAGUUCUUUCAAGACUUGAAGGACGACUAAUACAGAUGCAGAAAAAUUACUGGUGUUCUCUUUGUCACAAAAUUGGGUAUGCUCCUAGGCGAAAUAAGAAAGCUAUUGCACGAGAGACUUCUCCAGAUUAUCCUUCACCACAAUCAAAACAUAAGAGUUCAGCAAAGUCAUCUGAGAAGAGUAAUGGUGUUGGACAUCUAACUGACAAGCAUGAUAGCAGACCCAGAAGAUCUAGAAAUGAACCAAGUUCCUUGGAGCCAUCAACUUCUGCCGAAGAUGACAGCGAUGAAGAUGUCCAAGUUGUCCGUCCAAAGAGGAGUCAACCAGGUGGACAUCAGAAGAAUACUAAUGGAAAAGAUGCCGAAGAUGACAGCGAUGAAGAUGUCCAAGUUGUCCGUCCAAAGAGGAGUCAACCAGGUGGACAUCAGAAGAAUACUAAUGGGAAAGAUGGCUCUCGUGUUCUGCAUUCACCUCCAGGCUUUGGACAAAGAGUUGCUGAGCAAGUAUGUUCCCCUGGUGGUAGCCUCAAGCGAGUUACUAGAAGUUCACGAUCAAAGGGUGAUGAUGAUGAGACUGGGAGCAUGUUGCCGGAUAACCUCACGGAGUCUCUAGAGCAGUUAAAAGCUGAGAAUCGUGAGCUUAAAGAAAGGUUGCGGAGGAAAGAGGAAGAGAUUUUAGGUGAUCUGUUGCGUGAUUUACAACAAGAAAGAGAGAGAAGCAAAUCACUUGAAGCUCAGCUGCAGGAGUCAAAUAGUAAAAUAGAGGAACUUAACAAGGAGCAAGAAAGUUUAAUAGACAUAUUCACGGAGGAGAGACAACGCCGUGAUAUGGAAGAGGAGAACUUGAGAAAGAAGUUGAAGGGUGCAUCAAAUACUAUACAAGAGCUUCUUGACAGGGUGCAGGUUUUGGAGAAGACAAAGUCUGCCAAUCGUAGUUGAAAAUUGUAGUGAUAAACAACAUUAACAUGAUGAAAACUGAAGGGCGUACCAGAAUCCGGACUCUCGGGUGCCAAGUGAACCAGUGUCCAGAAGUCAAGACAUAGAGGUGAAAUCGUGAUUUGAAAAUUGAGAGAAUAGCGUAGGGUUUUUUUAAGUUGGAUGAGAGAAUAAAUUAUUUUUUAACAACUAAAGAAAUUUUUAAUAAUUAAUUGUAUAAUUAAGACUGUAAUUAGCAUAAUAUUAUGCAAAACAUAAUUACGCUUGCAUUAGCAAAAA